AGCGCCGCGUGCGCCCCGGGCGCGCCGUAGCCGCGGGGCCCCGGCAGGGCGCUACGCUACGGAGGCGGCGCAGGGCGCUGCGCGGGACGGGUCGGGCAGGGUCGGUGCGCUCGCCCGCUCCGCCACUCAGCGCGGGAGGCCGUCGGGGCAGCGCGCCGGCGGCAGAGGGCCCGCCCGCCCUCCGAGAACAAGUUGUGGGCCGGCCGGCGCAGGCGAGCGAGCCCGGGCCGCGGGGACUGAGGAGGCGCCGCGGGUUUGCGGAGCCCGGCCGCCCUGUCUCCUGCGUGGGUGCCCUCCUCCAUGCUCCACCUCGCCAGCCGCCGCCGGCCACAUGUGACCAGGCCCGGCUCUCAGCGUGGCCACUGUCGCAGGGGCCAUGGGGAGCUCCGCCUCCUCGCUGGCCACUGAGACCGAGUCGGACCACGGCUUCCCCAGGGGACUGCCCUACCCAGGGCCCCCGGCAGCGGCCGGCUGGUGUAGGAGCGGCCCUGGGGGGCCUGUCUGGGGCAACACCCUGGUCCCCCAGCAGCACCAGCCCCCACGCCCCCGGGCCCGAAGGUCUGCCAUGAACAUGUGUGGAUGUGUGUUUGUGAAGAACACCAGUUUUCAAUUCUUUGAGCAUAUACCUAGAGGUGGAAUAGCUGGGUCACAAUUGUGCCACACGCACUCGCCCGGGCCCAUGGCUGCGGUCGGGGAGUGGUCCUGCGCACGCUGCACCUUCCUGAACCCGGCCGGCCAGCGCCAGUGCUCCAUCUGCGAGGCCCCACGGCACAAGCCUGACCUCGACCAGAUCUUGCGGCUCAGCGUGGAGGAACAGAAGUGGCCCUGCACCCGUUGCACAUUCCGCAACCUCCUGGGCAAGGGGGCCUGCGAAGUGUGCGGCUUUGCCCCUGAGCCCGUCCCCGGGGCCUCCCUGCUACCCGUCAUCAACGGGGUCCUGCCGGAGCCCAAGGGCAGCUGCAGGGAGGAGGCAGGGCCUGCGCGGACGGCAGGGCUGGCGGCCAUGGAGCCAGCUGGGGGGCGGCCGGAGGUGGUGGAGGGGGAAGAGGGGGGCACGGCCGCAACCGGGAGUGGCUGGGCCUGCCAGCGCUGCACACUGCACAACACGCCCGUGGCCAGCUCCUGCUCGGCCUGUGGGGGGCCGCGGAAACUUUCGCUGCCCAGGAUUCCUCCCGAGGCCCUGGUGGUCCCAGAAGUCGUGGCUCCCGCAGGCUUCCCCGUCAUGCCUGCCCCGCCCCAGCCCGGGGAAGGCGCCGAUGCCAACCCUCCCUCUGCUGCGGACCAGGAGCCCCCCCGGGGGCCACCCUUCAGCCCCUUCUCGCCUACCCUCCAGAACAACCCCGUGCCUCGCAGCCGCCGCGAGGUUCCCCCCCAGCUGCAGCCACCGGUGCCUGAGGCCACCCAGCCCUCGCCCUCUGCCAGCUCCAAGGGGCACCCCCAGGGCCUGGGGCGGACUGCGGCCGGGGCCUCCCGCCUGGCGGAGCUACUGUCGAGCAAGCGGCUGAGCUUCCUGGAGGAAGAGGCAGCUGAGGGUGGCACCACGCUGCGCCCACCUGGUCCCGCCAGCCCUGCCCACUGUGAGGCUGGUGGCGCCACACCGGGCAGCGACGUCAUUGACCUGGCCGGCGACACCGUGCGCUACACUCCCGCUAGCCCCUCCAGCCCUGACUUCACUACCUGGUCGUGUGCCAAGUGCACGCUCAGGAACCCCACAGCUGCCUCCCGCUGCACGGCGUGCGGCUGCUCCAAGCUGCAUGGCUUCCAGGAGCACGGCGAGCCUCCCACCCGAUGCCCCGACUGCAGCGCGGACAAGCCCGGGCCCUGCUUGGCCCACAAGGCUGGCCACCUCUUUCCCACAGCACCGACUGAGCGCCUGGGCCAGUGGGCUUGCCCUGCCUGCACCCUACUCAACACUCCCCGAGCCAAGCACUGUGCCGCCUGCCACACCCCCCAGCUCCUGGUGACCCAGCGCCGGGGCGCAGCGCCCCUGAGACGCAGGGAGAGCAUGCACGUGGAGAAGCGGCGGCAGACGGACGAGGGCGAGGCCAAGGCCCUAUGGGAGAACAUUGUGGCCUUCUGCCGGGAGAAUGGCGUGAACUUUGUGGAUGACAGCUUCCCCCCUGGACCCAAGUCUGUGGGCUUCCCCGCGGGCGACAGCGUCCAGCAGCGUGUGCGACAGUGGCUGCGGCCCCAUGAGAUCAACUGCUCUGUGUUCAGGGACCACAGUACCUCGUGGUCCGUGUUCCACACUCUCCGGCCCUCAGACAUCCUUCAGGGGCUCCUGGGGAACUGCUGGUUCCUGAGUGCACUGGCGGUACUGGCCGAGCGGCCGGACCUGGUCGAGCGGGUGAUGGUCACACGCAGCCUGUGUGCAGAGGGCGCCUACCAGGUGCGGCUCUGCAAGGAUGGCACAUGGACAACGGUGCUGGUGGACGACAUGCUGCCCUGCGACGAGGCCGGCUUCCUCCUCUUUUCCCAGGCUCAGCGCAAGCAGCUGUGGGUGGCCCUCAUCGAGAAGGCUCUGGCCAAGCUGCACGGCUCCUACUUUGCCCUCCAGGCCGGGCGCGCCAUCGAGGGUCUGGCCACGCUCACCGGCGCCCCCUGUGAGAGCUUGGCCUUGCAGGUCAGCUCCACUAACCCCCGCGAGGAACCAGUUGACACUGACCUCAUCUGGGCCAAAAUGCUGAGUUCUAAGGAGGCUGGGUUCCUCAUGGGCGCCUCCUGUGGGGGAGGCAACAUGAAGGUGGACGAUGCUGCCUAUGAGAGCCUGGGCCUGCGCCCCCGCCACGCCUACUCCAUCCUGGACGUCCGUGACGUCCAGAGCUCCAGGCUCUUGCGCCUUCGUAACCCGUGGGGCCGCUUCUCCUGGAACGGCAGCUGGUCGGAUGAGUGGCCUCACUGGCCAGGGCAUCUGCGGAGCGAGCUCAUGCCGCACGGCAGCAGUGAAGGCGUCUUCUGGAUGGAGUACAGCGACUUCAUCAGGUACUUUGACUCCGUGGACAUCUGCAAGGUGCACUCGGACUGGCAGGAGGCACGGGUGCAGGGCUGCUUCCCCAGUUCAGCCAGCGGGCCAGUGGGUGUGACGGCCCUCACGGUGCUGGAGCGAGCGUCCCUGGAGUUUGCCCUCUUCCAGGAGGGCAGCAGGCGCACGGACUCGGUAGACAGCCACCUCCUGGACCUGUGCGUCUUGGUGUUCCGGGCUUCCUUCGGCAGCGGUGGCCGCCUGAGCCUGGGCCGCCUGCUGGCCCACAGCAAGCGUGCAGUCAAGAAGUUUGUCAACUGCGACGUGAUGCUGGAGCCCGGCGAGUAUGCCGUGGUGUGCUGUGCCUUCAACCACUGGGGCCCCGCACCGGGCCCACCGGCCGUGCAGGUCUCCGGCCUCUCAGCAGGGGUCCCACGCGGCACCCCGGAGCCGCCCGGCCACGUGCUGGCCGUGUACAGCUCAAGACUCGUCAUGGUGGAGCCUGUGGAGGCCCAGCCGACCACGCUGGCGGAUGCCAUCAUCCUGCUCACGGAGAGCAGGGGCGAGCGGCACGAGGGACGUGAGGGCAUGACCUGCUACUACCUGACGCACGGCUGGGCGGGGCUUAUCGUGGUGGUGGAGAACCGGCACCCCAAGUCUUACCUGCACGUGCAGUGCGACUGCUCAGACAGCUUCAACGUGGUGUCCACGCGUGGCAGCCUGCGCACCCAGGACAGUGUGCCACCCCUGCACAGGCAGGUCCUGGUGAUCCUGUCCCAGCUGGAGGGCAACGCCGGCUUCUCCAUCACCCACCGCCUGGCGCACCGCAAGGCGGCCCAGGCCUUCCUCAGUGACUGGACGGCCUCCAAGGGCAGCCACAGCCCCCCACUCACGCCCGAGGUCGCUGGCCUGCAUGGGCCCCGGCCGCUGUGACCACCCUGCCCCCACCUGCCUGCCCCCACACGCACUUUACGAGGAAGACCCCAACACAGGAUGCUUGAACCAGAAUCUCAGGACCCCCACCCAGGGAGCGCCAGCGGCAUGGCGCAGCUUCCCCUGGGCCUUCCUUCCUGCCCCUCCCUCCUACCCAGGGCCUCAUAGCCACCAAGCAGAAUACCUCGAAGCAGCCUCUAGCUCGAGGGAGCUGUGUGCCAGCUCCUCUGACCAGCCCACCUUGAGGUCUGGCUCAGAUUGCCAGGGCCAAGGUAAGGCUGCACCUUCCCAUGGCCUGGGGCCUCCUGCCUGGGUGAGGCAGCAAAGAGCUCCAUUCACAAAACCAAAUCUGGGGGAUCAGAGGCCAGGACCCCACCGUAGGAGCAGGGACCGCCCCUGUUUUGAGGGGUCAGAGAACAGGACCCUGGUGUGAGCAGGGACCACCACCCCCUUAUGGGGUCAGGCCAGGACCCCAGGAUGAGAGCAGGGACCACCCCCAUUUUGGGGGGUCAGAGGCCAGGACCUGGGGUGAGCAGGGACCACCCCCCUUGUGGGGUCAGGCCAGGACCCCAGGUGAGAGCAGGGACCACCCCCCCUUGUGGGGUCAGGCCAGAACCCCAGGUGAGAGCAGGGACCCACCCCCUUUGUGGGGCACGAGGUCAGGAGCCUUUUCUCCGCAGUUUGCCCCAGGUCCCAUCUCCUUCCAAGCCCUCAUGAGGCAAGCAGGGGUUCCUGGAGUCCCAGCAGUGUCCCAGGAGGCAGGUGCCUGGCGACCAUGGGCUCAAGCAGUGGUGGGGAGGGACACUAUGCAAUUCCUGGAGCGCCAGCCAGGAUCGAAGCCAUGCCCCAGGCUGGGGUUGGGGCAGUGGGUCAGGUGGUCCUGAGCCCAGGCCCAGCCCUGUGCUUGGUGAGGGGGUUUGUCCUCAGCACCACCUGACCUCUGCUGGGAGGAACAGUCCAGGAGAAAUCCUUGGCCAGCCCUGUCCAGGCACAUGCAGGGUGUGGCCCUUCCCAGCCCCUCCACACCUCAGAAGCCCAGCGUCCUCCCUUUGGCUGCUCAGCCCUGAGUUCUGUGUUUGCCUGAGGAUGACUGAGGCCGGCUUCCUGGGCCGCCUGCCUCACUGUCCUGCAGUCCCCAGGCAGCGGGUGGCCCAGUCUGUGGCCCCUCACUUCCCAUGGGACUUGUGGGGGGUGGGCUUACACCUGGAGAAGCACCCAGAAGCACUAGACUCCCCUUUGGGCCUCCUUUAUAUUUCUCCUUUCACUCUGAGCUGUGAGUAUUUUUAACCCUGUACAUACGGCAGCUCUUCUGACACAGAGACUAUUUUAUCAGUUGUCAGUACCAUCCCUGUAGGAUGAUUCUCCAUGGGUGUUUCCCGACUCAGGCUCUGAUGGACCAAAUAAAAAUGUU